AAACGAGGGAGGCAGCCACUAUGGAAACAUGCGUGGCUGUCAAAGGAAUGAGAAUGGUUAGCCAAGAACUGGGUAUUAUGAUUAUUGGCCUCCAAUCACAUGUACAAAAAUGGAAUUUUCGCACUUUCAAUAGGCAAAUAUGUUGGGUUGGAUUUUAAAAUGUAAAAGGUACUUCCAACUCGAUGAAACUCUACGGGAAUGGAAAGUCAUGAUGGCUUGCCUGCAUCUGGAUGCAAAGGCUUUUUUUGGCAUCAAGCACUAGAGUGGACAUUAGAAGGAGAACCUUUGACUUGGGGCGUUUACAUAAAAGCAUUGAAGGCCUGUGUCAAACCAUCUUAUGAGUCUCCAAUGGAAUAUUAGAUGAGGCUUUUUGUCGGAGGACUUUGAUGAUGGCUUUGAUACUCUUGUUUGCAAGUUGCGACUUUCAUAGAUUUAUCUCAUGUAGACGUAUUCAACUAGUCUUGAUGAGGAGUUUAUUGUUAAAAUUUGAAUCUUGGAGCCUCAUACAUUGUAGGAAGUGAGAGCAAUAGUUGAGAUGUAUGAGAUUAAUUGACAGAAGGUGUUCAAAGGUAUGCAGAUAAGAAGGUUGAUGGAUUUAGGCUUCAUGGCUGAUACCCAUGUGUUGAGUGGCCUAGAAUGGUGGAGGGCUGUGGAGACUCCAUCUGGAGGUGGAACACAAUAGAGUAAGAGUAAGAGAUUCUUCCUCCAAGAUUAAUGCGUUUUCUCCUUCUUAUGGGCCUGCUGCCUUUGUUUCUUCUUUGAUAGGCUUUAUUCCCUUGAAACAAGUAGCACAAGGGGUGAACCUAGAAGAAGUUGAAGAAUUACGAGCAAAGAAUUUAUGCUUUUCUUGCUAUAAACCAUUCUCGAUGGGCCACAGCUGUCCACAGAGCAGAAAAUGCAAUUGCUACUCAUUGAACUUCAUUUUGAAUCUGAAGAAGUGAUCAAAGAUGAUACUAGGUAGAUGUUGGAAGUUCAUGGAAGUCUUGGUGAAGCAGAAGGAUCUUACAGAUGAAGAAGCUAGUUGGAUUUUAUUUUUUCUAACUGUAUCAACAACAUCCAGGUUUCAUUGUAACAGCCCCUUGAGGUCAAGGGUUUCGUCGAAUGGGGGGAAGGGGAUAUUGAAAUGUAAUUUGUAAUAAAUCAAGAUAUUUAGUUAGUCAAGAUUGUUAGAGGAAUAAAUAUAAGUCAGGUUAGCAUCUAUGUAUAGAGAGGAUGUGUAAACCUGAGACUAUGCUUAAUGAAUAAAUCAGAGUACUCUUUAGAAUUUUCUCAAUUCCUAUUUCUCUCCUAUCUCCUCUUCUCUUUCUACCACUACACACCAAAUUGUGAAAAGAAUAAAGACUAAUAUCACGAUGUUCAAAACCACACAGCCAAAUGCUCUUUAACAAGUGCAUUCAAUUGCAAGUAUAGAUAAGUUGGAGGAAAUUUUAUUCUUCUAUUGUUUGAAUUUUACGAUUUACAAAGGUAUAGAGUUAAUACAUGUAUACAAAACUAAUCCACCUAUCAAAGGUGUGGUUAGACCUAGUAUUUAGUAUAUUCAAUGUAAAUAUCUGUUAUUAUUAUGUGGGAUACCGGGUAGUUAAGAGUAGGAGUUUUUUAUGAGAUUAUUUCCUAUUUCUCCUCCCCUGAAUCAAUCUCCAUUAUUCUCGGAGAUAUGAUUGUUUUCUCUCUUGUAUAUAUUCUCAUACAUACCUAAGAUGAAUGUACAAGAGUUUCUGGGCUCAUUCACUACAUGGUAUCAGAGCACCGUGACUUCUAGUGCUGUCUGACGCCGAGAACUCUGAGACAGAGAGUACUGAGCAGAGUCAAACCCAGUUCACAGUUCUCCCAUGUCGAACAGUGAUGGGUCCUCGAAGACUGAUCCGAGCAGCGUAGGUGGUCCCUUCGGGUCGACUACCAGCCAUGAAGGAUCAUCGGUACACGUUACAUCAGUGAAACUAAAUGGUAAAAACUACCGUAUGUGGGCACAAGCUAUGAAACUCGCGAUCAGAGGCUGAGGAAAAAUGGGCUAUCUUGAUGGCUUAUUGAAGAUCCCAGAAGACCCCAAGACGCAAGAGUUCCAGCAAUGGCACACUAAAAAUUCACUAGUAUCAUCAUGGUUAAUAAAUGCCAUGAUUCCAGAAAUUCAACAAAGCUUUAUGUUUCUCCCCUCAGCCCAUGAAAUCUGGAAGGCUAUACGAGAUUCAUGCUCUGAUGGGAAGGACUUAGCUCGGAUAUAUGAGCUCAAAACAAAGGCAUGGACACUGCAACAAGGAGAAUGUGAUGUCACUGCCUUUUGGUUGGAAUGAAUGCUAUAUGGUAGGAACUAGACUUAAUGACAGAUGUGGAAUGGUCUAGUAGUAGUGAUGCAAUUCGGUAUAAGGAGAAAGUUGAAAAUGAGCGUGUAUUUCAAUUUCUUGUGGAUUAAAUCAGUCCUUGGAUGAUGUACGAGGACGAGUCUUGAGUCGUGCACCACUCCCAUCAACCAGGGAAGUUUUUUCUAAGGUACGUCGUGAAGCCUCGAGACGCAAGGUCAUGCUUCUUGGCACUACCCCUACUCUAGUACCUACUCUAGAUUCUGCUACUCUUGUAAGCAAGAGCAGUGACACAAAUCAAAAGAAUCAGAAAGGGAAGGUUACUUGUGAACAUUGCAAGAAGAUUGGGCAUACCUGUGACACUUGCUGGGAUAUCCAUGGAAAAUCGACUGAUUGGAAGCCAAGAAAAGGAAAAACACGAGGAUACCAAGCUUCUCAUGAUGUGCCACUAGAUAAAAUAGAUUCAACCUUAUCAGCACCAAAGAUUGAUAAGGAACAGCUCGGGGCAACUGAUCAUAUGACUUCAGACUCUAAGCUAUUUAGUACCUAUGUCCCUAAUGCUGGAAAUGAGACAGUAACUACAGCAAAUGGGUCAUUGUCGAUAGCAGGAACAGGAUUUCUCAUUGGGGAAGAUGAUUGGAGUGCUAAGGUGAAUAAUGGUCUUCACUACCUUGAUGAAUCAACCCUGAUUGCUUAUUUCGCAGAACGUUUGAUUUCAAAGGAGACUCUACUGAGAAAUGGUGUUAAGCAGAGAAUGUUUGGAUAUCAGAUUGUUAUUGUGUUUCCAUAUCAUCGUCAAGGAGAUCUUGUUAGUUGCAAGUAUCGGGACAUGAACAAGAAAUUUUGGCAGGAAGCAGACACUGAAAAGAUUUUUUAUGGAUUGGAUGAUAUUGAGGGGCAAAGCGAUAUUAUCAUUGUUGAAGGUGAAAUGGACAAACUUGCAAUGGAAGAAGCUGGCUUUCGCAAUUGUGUGAGUGUUCCUGAUGGUGCACCUGCAAUGGUCUCCUCAAAGGGGUUGCCACCUAAGGAGAAGGACAAUAAGUAUCUGUAUCUGUGGAACUGCAAAGAUUAUAUUAAGGGGGCAUCACGCAUUAUACUUGCAACUGAUGGAGAUCUACCUGGUCAAGCCUUAGCUGAGGAACUUGCUCGUCGCAUUGGGAAAGAAAGGUCUCAUUUUCUUCCAAGGCUUUCAUUCCUUCCAAGACAGCUUCUCUCGAUCCAGAUGUUUUCAGGGCCUCAUGAAUGUCUUUAGGAAUACAGACACCAUCUACAUUCGCAAUAAAGGCUUGAUAUUCAGGGGAUAAGGCUUUAUAAGAUAGAAACGUCUGAAUAGG